GUGGUAUCUUUGGAAACAAGGUCGACUUCAGUUGUUUCCGCUAAUCGACACGUGAUUGUGUGUUAUCCUAUCGCGUCAGCGGUGGAAACUCAUUCCGUGCUGUACCUGUCAAGACCAGUCUUGUCAUAGCUGAGUGCUAAAAGAAUAUAAACUGUGGUGCAAGAACCAGUGUACUGUGUAACGUGGAGUGUUGGCUAAGGUUGGUUAUGCAAAGAGGUUCGAUGAAACAUUUAGUGGCUGGAAUUUACCAUUUCUGUGAUUAUCUUUCAUCCAGAGAAGCUCCAGUGCCGUCGCGAUCUCUUCCGAUAUGUAUUUGAAUGUCGUAGUUGGUUGGCGUAACCAUGAGCAGGCUAUAUGCUUCAUAUCUGCAAUUAAUUAUGUCCCACUGAAGGAUAUACCGGCGUGAGUGGAUCAGCUACACUACACUCGUAAGUGAGCCUUAGGAAGACUCUCAGGUAAGUGUGUAGUGUAUUUUGCACAGUUGUUCCCCUUGUAUAUCUGAUAAGAAUGAACGCACUGAAAUUUUCAAUGGAUACGAAACAACACCCUUAGAUAAGAGACUGUUUCCUUUUAAUAGGGGCAGAUAUAGUGAUACAGUGAUUAUAUGAAAGGCUGUACUGUCAGUAAACGAUACAAAAUCCUCAGUAGUAGAAGUCUGAAUUUUAUACUGAACCACUGGCGUCAUGAUAAGGAAGUUAGUAGAUAUCUGAUGACGAGUACACCAAUGCGGAUUGUGUUUUGAAAUAUCAUAUUUAAAGCACGCACUAUGAUCGUGUCUCAUACCAUUUUGUCAACAAUGCUGCACAUUUAAUGACUAGUAUCUAUGCACAAGGGAUGAGAAAGGAAACUGUGAAUCUGGGUGUCCAUAACAACUCCAAUCUCAGAGAAGAUUUCAGACUUUUCUGUGAUUCACAAGUAUUGUCUCAUAAAUCCGUUAAUGUAAGUGAUGGCCCCUUUAACUUGUGUCUACGUAGCAAGAAAAGUAAACUAUAUGUUUUAACAUGCUAGCGCCGUUGAACGUGCGACGUGCCUUGUAUGCCUUUAAGUUUCUCGUAGUUUAGUAGUGCGGUAUAGGUUUACUACGUGUGGAAGUCGGUUUGUCGUUAAUGAUAAAGUGAUCAUGAAACAGUCUAGGCCUCAAGGAUUCACCUUAGAUAUGAGACGCUCCAGUUUGCCAGCCAUUCUUGAGGAGGUGGUGCCGGCAAAUCAGCAGCCGUAUGAAAAAAGGAACAAUUGCACCUAUAGUAACGACAACAGUAAUAAUUUGACUUUUGUUGAACGACUGGAUGGUUUUAAUAGUCCGUUGUUCUCUCAGUGCGACAGUAUUCAUUCAGUGGAAGAGCGUUCAGAAACAAGUAGCUGUGGAAGCGUUGUACAAACAGCUGAAGGGAAUGAGAAAGACUCGACGGCAGUGAAAAGAAUCGUUAAUCCCAACCUGAAGAAGCCCUUCAAGAAAAUGGCAUCUGAACCGAUUCUAGUACACAGAGUAGAUACAGGAAAAUCUGACCAACUGCGGUCCCAAAAAGGAAUAGGUGAAAGCAGUUCUCGUGACCAGUUCCGUGGUAGUUCACCGGAGCAGGAGAUGCCUAAACAAAACACGGAGGGCGUGAACGGUGGAUGUGUCGAUGGCUCCCGUUACAGCGACGUGAAGCCCAGAGCAGGAACUGUGAUGGCGCAGUGUGUGUUCGUGAACGAGUCCUUUGUGGGCGACUCGGGCAGUAAGCCAGAUGGGGCUUCAUCAUCCAGUGGGGCGGUGGCGGCUGGGCCAGAUGUGGACACAGGGCCAGAGCGGCGCCGGCUCGUGGUGGGCGUGCUGUGCCUGAGCGCGGCCUUCACGCUGCACUUCACGGCACACGACGGCGCCGUCACCCUUCAGAGCACCGUCAACGGCGCUGCAGACCUGGGGACGCGGGCGCUGGUGGUGCAGUGCGCCGUGCUCGUCGUCUCCUGCGCCCUCCUGCCUUCUCUGGUCAUCAGGUACCUGGGCUACAAGUGGACGGUGGCGGGCUGCAUGCUGCUGUAUGUGCCGUUCGUGGCGCUGCAGCUGUGGCCGCGCUCCGAGACGCUGCUGCCCGCGGCCGCUGUGAUGGGCUUGGCUAGCGGCCCCCUCUGGACGGCCAAGAGCGCCUACCUCAGCGCCAGCGCGCGCCGCUGGGCGGAACUAGCCGCGCGCCCCGCGCACCACGCGCAGCUGCGCUUCUUCGCAGUCUUCUACGCCUUCUACAACUUCGCCCUCGUCUCGGGAAACGUACUGUCGUUUUUAAUCCUCACGGCGGGAGGCACGGAGACGGUCCCUGGCGCGCUGUGCGGCGCCGACUUCUGCCCCUCCGACCGCGGCGCCGCCGCCAACCCCAACUUCCGACCGCCCUCGACCAGGCAGCUGGUCACGCUCUACGGAGUGCUGGUGGCCUGCAUCGCCUGCGCCGUGGCGUUCGUCGCUGUGGGCCUGCACCAGCUCCACAGUGACCAAGAGGACGAGGAGUAUGGUGACAUGAGAGCUACACUGCGGCUGGUGAGCGCUGCUGCCAACCUGCACCGCGAUCCCGUGCAGCUGCUGUUGGUGCCCAUCACCAUCUUCACUGGGCUCACGCAGGCCUUCUUCAACGCGGACUUCACAGAGGCGUUCGUGUCGUGCUCGUGGGGCAUCGCGCACAUCGGCGGCGUGGUGGCGUGCUACGGCGCCUGCAACUGCGCAGCGUCGGUGGCGCUGGGCUGGCGCGGCCGGUCGGCGGGCCACGCGGCGCUGGUGUCGGCGUACGGGGGCUCCUACUGCCUGGUGCUGGCCGCGCUCUUGCUGUGGGCGCCCGACGCCAACAACGCCGCGCCCUUCUUCCUCCUCGCCGCCUUCUGGGGCAUUGCAGACUGCGGAAUUCUCGUCGUCAACUCUGUGUGUGGCAUUCUGUUUCGUGGCCGCGAGAAGGCGGCCUACAGCAACGUGCGCUUGUGGGAGACCGUGGGCUUCCUGUACGGCUACGCGUGCAGCCCGCUGCUGUGCAUGCGCGUCAAGCUGGUGGUGAUGGCAGCGCUCCUGGCGGCGGCCGUUUGCGGCUACUGGGCGGCGGAAUAUCUGGCAGGCCGGCGCGCAGCCAACAGCUUCUGGCUGCAAGAACAGCAGAAAGACCAGCAGGAGACCCGCCCCGCAGACUUGCAGCGGGCUGCACUUGAAGGUCGCUGGCAGAAGCCGGCUCCUGCAGGAAAUACGUGAAUGUUCGCCAUAUUUCGUAGGCAGGCGAAUAAUAUGUGAUCAAGACAUAUGACUUUGCAGCUGUGAGAAAAUGCUUCCCAGAACUACGUGUACAAUAGUUAUUCCAAAAGUACGAGUCGCUGUGUUAAUAACGAACUUCCAGUUCACCACUUAGAAUGUAAAUAAAUCUGUUUUACAGCUUUACCUGUAUAGGAUUCUAAGCUAUCACACGACCAAUAACAUACACAACUCAGGUACAAACAAGAGAUGAGAGAUUGUAUAGAUUAUCAACAGCACAUGGAAACAGCAUGCAGACUAAGUGAAUGUACAGGCUUAUGUUGUGUAAACAGAAUGUAACUGACGAUGAUGUACAACAAAAAAUAAAUACCACUUGCCAUAUAACAUUAGCAAAAUUUACGAAUCAAAAUAAUACUGUUUAAUUUCGAAA